GCUUUUGGAGCAGCGCGCGCACGACUGGAAGAAGCGGCCCGAGAGAAAGCCCCGCUUUAUAAAGAGCUAAAAUUACGCGACGUCGACGUGGUUUCCUGGGCGGCUUCGAGGACUUUUUUUUUUUUUAUAAAGAGUCGGCCACGGUGGGGGUGGAAACUCACUGCACUGAGAACACUUGUUGCGUGGCGGUGGAGCCACAGCCACUGGGACGAGUAAUCGAGGCGCACGGAUUGCGCGCACCACUGCUUGGGACUGAGUUCUUUCCACAAAUAACAAAACGACAACAACAACAAAAAAUGGCUUUAUCGGGAGUGAUGCUACCCUCCUUUGCCACAUUCACGACCCAAAGGGAGAAAAGCUGGGAAAACAGGUGGAAAGCGGAGAAUGACAACAAGCUCCCCGUCGGCAGCUGCGCCAUGCUGGAGAUGGUGCACGGCGUGCAAGAAAACCUCUUCCCCAAGAAGGACGACGAGGAUCUGAGCAACUACUUGGAUCUGGAUUUUAUACUCGACGGAGCGUCAGCCUACGUGGCUCCGGCCGACCACGGCGCAUUCGCCGCGACGGACGCCGCCUUCCCGGAAGCGGGCGAUCAGCGCUCUCCGCCGCCCCCGUACGGCGCCAGCCUCAUGACCGAGCUGCUGCGCUCCGACGCCGGCUACGGAGUGACGCGCAACCCCCAACAAGCGGUGCAGGGCAGGUUUUACGCCACGCACUUCCCACGCCAGGACAUCAAAGUCGAGCCCCCCAUGGACAGUUACGGCCCCGUGUUGGGCAUGGUGCCCCAAAGCUGCAGCAAAAUCAAGCAGGAGGGCAACGUUUCGUGUAUGAUGGCGUUCGAGCAGCCGCGCUUGGCCAUCUCUCCGCGGGCUGCCAGCAGCAGCAUGACGCCGCCGCUCAGCCCGAACGAGCAGGUGGCGGCCACGGACUUGUGCGCGCCUAUGAGCUGCUUCGCCGGGCACAAGUACCACAACAACGCUUCCUUCCAGCAGCAGCAGCACAUGCACAUGGCCUUCCACGGCGCGCACCACCCGGCGUUCGGCGUCUACGACGACGCCUUGAGCCUGCAGCAGCCGCCGCCAGGCGCGCAGAGAGCGAUGCUGACGCCGCCCUCGUCGCCGCUGGAGCUGCUCGAGUCCAAGCCCAAGCGCGGGCGCCGCACCUGGCCGCGCAAGCGCACCGCCACGCACACCUGCACCUUCGCCGGAUGCGGGAAGACGUACACCAAAAGCUCUCACCUCAAGGCUCACCUGCGGACGCACACGGGUGAGAAGCCGUACCACUGCAGUUGGGAAGGCUGCGGCUGGAAGUUUGCGCGCUCUGACGAGUUAACACGUCACUUCCGCAAACACACCGGACACAGGCCCUUCCAGUGUCACCUGUGCGAGCGCGCCUUCUCCAGGUCUGACCACUUGGCGCUACACAUGAAGAGACACAUGUAAAGGAGCCUGGACGACAACAACAACGACGAGACUUUUUGUUGUGAUUGUUUUCCCCCCCGCUUUUCUAUUUAAAGUGUUCUCCACAUGACCAAAGCCCCCCCCUUCAAUCUAUAUAAAUAUAUUAUUUUCCAAUCAUGUAGCUGGUACUACUUUGGUUCUAUGAGAGCAGACCAAUAAGGGGCUGGCCCUUGUACAGUGUACACUUCAACUGGAAUGUGUUUGACUAAAAAAAGAAUACACAAACAAACGAGGAAAAAAAAAAAAAAAAAAGUGCCUUUCUACGACUCUGCUACUGUUUGAACAAAUAACUCAUGGUGACACAACUACCACCACUUAGUAGACAAUCUUGAUGACAGGAGUGAAAAGCACACACAGUGUAUAGACAAUGUUUUUCUCCAAAGAAAACUGCCUACAAUGAUGAAUUGAAUGGCUGUCCUAAUGCUGUUUCCCCUUAAACCCAGCUCCUUCUGUACACCUUCAGGGCUUGACGUCCUGUGCAUUAUUUUCUACGUAAAGUUAUAUAAAUAUGUACAUGGAUUUUAUACUGUCAAAUGUGUAUUUAUUGUAAAUAUUAAAAACAAUGAAACUGAA